UUUUAUCCCCCGUUGUCCGCGCGCGCCUUAUUUUCUCUGUUGUUUUGCUUAAUAUAUUUUUUUUUUCCUUUAAUUUUAUUCUAAUCGCAAACCGGAAAGUUUUUGUUUGUUUUGUUUGUUUUUUUUUGCACGCCCGAACCAAACCAAGAAACAGACAAACAACCAAAUAAACAAACAGACAAAGCGCUGCUCCGCUCCUGACCGCCACUGAACGGCUGAAACGGAUUAAGCGGCUAUUCUGAGCGCUAAUGAGAUUGAACCGGAGACGUGGCAGACAUGGAGCGUAGUAUCGCCGUGCUUUGGCUCAGUUUGUCUCACCGCGUUGUUGCCUGUCACUCGGAAAUGGCGCUCUGAGAGUAACCGAGGCGCGCGCGGCAAACCUGCCCUGCACACCUCUGAAGAGCUUUUGCAUGCUCACCUGUGUGUGUGUGUGUGUGUGUGUGUGUGUGUCUUUUUUAUAUAGAUAUAUUUUGGUGUGUUUUAAAGCGCGCGCGCGUGCGUGUGUAUGUUCGAGUGGACUGUAGCCUACUGUAACAUGAAGUACCAGAAAUACAUCACGGUUAUGCAGAUGGCUAUGGGAGUCACCGCGUCCAACAAAGACGAUUGCAUCCCUCCGAAAAGACAGCUGUGGGUGCCCCCCAGCUCCGACGCUGCCACCUCGUCCGGCGCGGUGCCCCCCGGGGUGGCGGUGAGCCAGGGGAAGCCGUCACUGCGCAGGAUCAAGGGACGUGUUCAUCGCAGCAAGAGCCUGGACAGCAUCGACCUGCUGGACUGCAACAGUGCAGCGAUGGAGGAAACGGUUAUAUGGGAGCAGCACACAGUGACUCUUCACAGGGCUCCAGGAUUUGGAUUCGGUAUCGCCAUCUCAGGAGGACGAGACAACCCUCAUUUCCAGAGCGGCGAGACCUCCAUAGUCAUCUCCGAUGUUCUGAAAGGAGGACCGGCAGAGGGGCUUCUACAUGAGAAUGAUCGAGUGGUGAUGGUGAACGCGGUCUCCAUGGAUAACGUGGAACACGCCUACGCCGUUCAGCAGCUGAGGAAGAGCGGCAAAAACGCCAAAAUUACCAUUCGGCGUAAACGUAAAGUCCAGAUCCCUGCGGCUCGAGCGGGCGACAGGGAAACCAUGUCCGAGCGUGAGGAGGAUACGGAGGACGAGGAAUUCGCCGGGCCAGGAGCCGGAGCCAGCACAGGGACGAGCAGACGCAACGAUCGGAGUGCCAGCCUGGGACGGAGGGAACAGAGUGUGUCCCCGCGGUCCGACAGACGCUCGGUCACCUCCACCGGCCCGCCACGACCCUCUAAAGUCACGCUGGUCAAAUCACGCAAGAACGAAGAAUACGGCCUGAGACUGGCCAGCCACAUUUUUGUGAAGGACAUCACACCUGAAAGCCUGGCAGCCCGAGACGGAAACAUACAGGAGGGAGACGUCGUGCUGAAGAUUAACGGCACCGUGACAGAGAACCUGUCCCUGACAGACGCUAAGAAACUGAUCGAGCGCUCGAAAGGUAAGCUGAAGAUGGUGGUGCAGCGAGACGAGAGAGCCACGCUCCUCAACGUUCCCGACGUAGACGACAGCAUUCCUUCCGGCAACUCGGAACGAGACGAUAUUUCAGAAAUCCAUUCCCUCACUUCCGACCAUUCCCAUGAACAGUUGCGUGGCAGUCGCUCUCGCUCACCAGACAAGCGCUCAGAUCCAUCCGACAUUUCCGGCCAGUCGCCUCAACAGAUCAGCAACGGAAGCCACAGGAGUCGGGAUGAGGAGCGGAUCUCGAAGCCCCCGGUCGUAUCCACUCCCGUGAAGCUGGUGGAAGACGCGCUGCUCGUCCCCGGCACUGACGAGACAGAGAAACAGCUUCCUCCACUGCCAGAGCCGAAGCCAGUGUACGCUCAGCCUGGACAGCCGGAUGUAGAUCUGCCCGUCAGUCCCUCCGAUGCCCCUGUACCCAACGCUGCACACGAUGACAGCAUCCUGCGACCCAGUAUGAAGCUGGUGAAGUUUAGGAAAGGAGACAGCGUGGGUCUCAGGCUCGCAGGAGGAAACGACGUGGGGAUCUUCGUGGCUGGAGUUUUGGAGGACAGUCCUGCUGCUAAAGAGGGUCUGGAGGAGGGAGAUCAGAUACUCAGGGUAAACAAUGUCGACUUUGCAAACAUCAUCCGUGAGGAAGCGGUGCUGUUUCUGCUGGAUCUGCCCCGAGGAGAAGAGGUCACUAUUCUGGCCCAGAGGAAGAAGGACGUAUAUCGGCGGAUUGUGGAGUCUGACGUGGGCGACUCUUUCUACAUCCGCACCCAUUUUGAGUACGAGAAGGAGUCUCCGUACGGCCUGAGCUUCAACAAGGGCGAGGUGUUCCGGGUGGUGGACACGCUCUACAACGGCAAGCUGGGCUCCUGGCUCGCCAUUCGCAUCGGCAAGAACCACCAGGAAGUGGAGAGAGGCAUCAUCCCCAACAAGAACAGGGCGGAGCAGCUGUCCAGCGUCCAGUACACUCUACCCAAAACCCCCGGCGGAGACCGCGCCGAUUUCUGGAGGUUCCGCGGACUCCGCAGCUCCAAGAGGAACCUGAGGAAGAGCCGGGAGGAUCUUUCCGCUCAGCCGGUGCAGACCAAAUUCCCUGCGUACGAAAGGGUCGUCCUUAGGGAAGCUGGAUUCCUGAGGCCUGUGGUGAUCUUCGGGCCCAUCGCCGACGUCGCCCGAGAGAAACUGGCCCGAGAGGUGCCUGAUCUGUUCGAGCUAGCCAAAACACAGCGCCCUGGAGAAGGGGAAAAGAGCGAGCCCCGAGAUGCAGGAACGGAUCAGCGCAGCUCUGGAAUUAUCCGCCUUCACACCAUCAAGCAGAUCAUCGAUAAGGAUAAACACGCCGUGUUGGACAUCACCCCCAACGCGGUGGACAGGCUGAACUACGCGCAGUGGUACCCCAUCGUGGUGUUCCUGAACCCCGACAGUAAGCAGGGUGUGAAGAACAUGAGGACGAGGCUGUGUCCUGAGUCCAGGAAGAGCGCUAGGAAGCUGUACGAACGCGCCCUCAAACUGAGGAAGAACAACCACCACCUCUUCACUGCCACCAUAAACAUGAACAACAUGAACGAUGGCUGGUACGGAGCACUGAAGGAGACGAUCCAGCAGCAGCAGAAUCAGCUGGUCUGGGUUUCUGAGGGCAAGGCGGACGGUGCGUCCGAAGACGAUCUGGACCUUCAUGAUGACCGCCUGUCGUACCUGUCUGCCCCGGGCAGCGAGUACAGCAUGUACAGCACGGACAGCCGCCACACUUCCGACUACGAGGACACGGACACCGAGGGCGGAACCUACACCGACCACGAGCUGGACGAGCCGCUGAACGACGAGCCGCUGAACGAUGACGGCGUGCCGCGCCACGCUCCGGCCAUCAGCCGUUCCUCAGAGCCCGUUGUGGAACAGCCUCCACCCAGCUAUGACGCGCUCACACGCAUCGACCCGGCCGCCUUCAAAAACACGCCCAUGUCACACCAGAAAGCAGAGCCCGCUCUUCCUGAGCCACCGCCCCCCGCUGCCCACCUUAAUGUAGCGCUUCUGAGUUCAGUGGAGGGCAGCACCGGACCGGGGGCGGCCAUCUUGCCCCCGGCUCCCGAGCCCAGCCAAUCAGAGCCCAAGCAGAUGUACCAGACAGAAUUCUACAGUGACAACCCGGCAGUACGCACGAGCCCUGGGUUGAAGCAGCCACCUGUUUACAACUCCCAGCAGCCCCUUUACCAGGAAGAGCCAGCAUACAGAGAUUACGAUCACCAGCCGUACCGUUACGAAGGUCCUUACAUCGAAUCCAAGUCUCGUAACUAUGACUCGAACUUGCAAGAGCAGUGGCCUGGAUACGAGCGACAGGGUGACUACAGCCCGGCGCGCCCUCGCUACGGGAAGCCGGCCCCCUCGCCUGUCCGUCACGACGAAACCCCGCCCACUAUAGCACCCACGCGUUACGACCAGGAGCCCCUCCCUCCACCCGUGUCUCACUCUCCGGAGCCACCAAAACAGUAUUACGAGGCCGCACCUCCUCUGAGGCCCACCCAGCCUAGAGGAUACGUGAACUCAGACACCCCGCCCCCUCCCAAAGUCGAGACCCUCCCGGCAGAGGCGGAGUUAGCAAACAAGCCCCUCCCACCUCCACCACCAGAGGCAGGGGAAGACCCGGCGAUGAAGCCGCAGUCGGUGCUGACGCGGGUGAAGAUGUUCGAGAACAAGCGCUCGGUAUCAGUGGACCGCGCCAAAGAGAACACCGACACCACGCUAAGGUCAGUGGACAUGGUCCCUAAACCAGGAGCAGCCUCUGUGCCCAAAGCCAACUCUCUGAACAGCCUCGAUCAAGAGAAGACCUUCAGAGCCCCCGAGCCCCAGCAGCCCCAGUCGAGACCCAGUGAUAUAGUUCGGGCAAAUCACUACGACCCUGACGAGGAUGAGGAGUACUACAGGAAGCAGCUGUCCUACUUCGAUCGCCGCAACUUUGACACCAAGCCUUCUGCACAAACACAACCGCAAGCAGUGAGCAAACCGGCACAACCGCAGAGCCAGCCAGGGAACAGCUACCCCAGGACUGAGUCACUGGAGAAGGUCAGCCCUGUUCCCCAGGUAACCCCAGUUGCUCCGCCCCCUACUCUGCCCAAACCUGCUGCUCCCACUCCUCCUCCAGAACCUCUCAGCUCUCCCAAAGUCAAGCCCCUGGGUCGCGAGGACACGGUGCAAAGCUCCUACCUCCCCCAGAAAAGUUUCCCUGAGAAAUCUCCUGUGAACGGCACAGGCGCUCCCCCACCCUCCUCCAGCUACACCCGCUACAACAUCCCCAAACCUUACACGGCCUCGGCACGGCCCUUCGAGCGUAAAUUCGACAGCCCCAAGUUUAACCACAACCUCCUGCCCAACGACACGACGGUCAAAGUGCCGUCAAGCAGGCCGGCUAAAACGCAGGUGCAGCCUACGGAUCAGGACGGCGGGUCUGACACGCUCACCCGCGCACCAAAAUACCAGAACAACAACAUCAACGCCGUGCCCAAGGCCAUCCCUGUCAGCCCCAGCGCACUGGAGGAUGACGACGAUGAAGAUAUGCACACGGUCGUCGCCACGGCGCGAGGCAUCUUCAACUCAAACGGCGGGGUUUUGAGCUCCAUAGAGACGGGCGUCAGCAUCAUCAUACCCCAGGGGGCAAUUCCAGAGGGUGUUGAGCAGGAGAUCUAUUUCAAAGUGUGUCGGGACAACAGCAUCCUGCCCCCACUCGACAAGGAGAAAGGUGAAACGCUGCUGAGCCCGCUGGUGAUGUGCGGUCCACAUGGUCUGAAGUUCCUGAAGCCGGUGGAGCUGCGUCUUCCUCACUGUGCGUCUAUGACUCCUGAUGGUUGGUCUUUUGCUCUAAAAUCCUCCGACUCCUCGUCGGGUGACCCCAAGAACUGGCAGAAUAAAUCUCUUCCCGGAGAUCCAAACUACUUGGUUGGAGCGAACUGCGUGUCUGUGCUCAUUGACCACUUCUGAGGAGCCUGUUACACACACACACACACACACACACACACACACACACACACACACACACACACACACACAUACAUACAUACACACUGCCAUUAGUGAAGUGAGCUCUUUAAUAUUUCGGAAAUGAAAAAAAUGAAGGAUGUCUGCGCUUUUUAUUUUAUUUUUAUUUUUAGAUAUGGAGACAGAAGACAAGACGACAUAAUCUGGAGUACUUUUUCUCUUUAUUUCCUUCUUCUUCUUCUCCUACUUUUUCUUUUUUCUCAUUUAUCUCCUCGUUGGACUGCACACGAAACACAGACCUUCCCAAGGAUGUACAAGAACUGCUGAUAUGAACUUUCCAGUAUGCACACUGCAGUAUUUAGAGUGACUGUGAUAUAUAAAGAAGCUCAAGCUUUAUUCGAUUUCAGUGAAGUGAGACACACACACACACACACACACACAGUAGGUGUGGAGGGAUGAGUGGAAGUUUAGAAAUAGAAACGGUGUCUAACAGAGGUGAAGGACUGUGACGCAGAUGUUAGAAAUAAGGAAAGAAAUCGUACGUGAAACAAAGCACAGAACGUUAACGUGAACCGGUGCUGCUGUUCCCCAAAAAUCUCCUCAAACACAAUAACGUUAGAACUUUUACCCAUCACAAAGUGUAGCACAAAUUUCCCUACGCUGUGAAGAUCUAUGCACGUCAGACUCAGGACUCCUGCUCACUCGCUCGUUCUCUCUCUCUCUCUCUCUCUCUCCCACACACACACACACACACACACACACACACACACACACACACUCCUACUAAAGCAGCGAUGCCUUAUUCAACUUUUUUCAACUUUGUGUGUUUGUCUUUUUUGUUCUAAGUUAUAUACGAUAAAAGCUACAAAAUGAAGUUCUGCCAGUGUGUCUAAACCUGAAACACACACACACACACACACACACACACACACACACACACACACAGAGCUCGGUGUACCUGCUAUGCACACGAUUCUGACACGACAAAGAAAAUCAGCUGUAUAUAAAGCUAACAUGGCCUUUGUUCUUGGUUUGUAAAUGACUUUUUUUUUUAUUUCUUUAUGGUUUUGUAAGAAAAGAAAAACUUAGGAAGGCAAAAAAAAAAAAACCUAAAUAAAGAAAUAAAUGCAAUGAAAAUGAACUUUAUAUUCCGGUUAUAUCUCAAGCCUUGCAAACGUGUGACUUGAUAGUAAUAUUAAUAUUAAUGUUUCCAAUUUUUUAAAAUCAAUUUAUCCACACUAAUGUCUAAAGUUUUUUUUUAACGGUUACUGCAACCUUUUUACGCUUUAUUUUAAACCAAGAGGAAAGUGCUCAGCUCGAGAUAAACACUCUUCUGAUAAGUGUGUUUCUCUGCUUAUGCUCAUUUAUUUGUAAUGCUGUUUACGUGCCCUGAAAUGUAUUUUUUUACUAAUAGAUGUACUAUUAUUAUUAUUAUUAUUAUUAUUAUUAUUAUUAUUAUUAUGGCACACGAGUAAGUUUUUUUUUUCUUUUAAAUAACACGGCUUCAGUUGAAUAUUAGAUCUUCACACAUGCGACUUUUUCUUCUUUUCAAUACAGGUAUGCCACUAUAUCAAUUAAUAAAAUCAUUUUUAAAAUAAA